GAAACCGUGGGGCUCAAGUGGGUAAGCAAGUGAGGAAGAGAAGAGUAAGGAAACCUCCUCAAAUGUCUCUGUAGGAAUCUAUGGCAGCAUUUGGACAUCUCCUUCUGUUAUAGCGGUGGGAAGAAGAUGUUGCCAAGUGGGGCUUAUAAAAAGAGAGAGCAUGAUGCAUAUUCUUCACGCCUAUCACGUUCUCUGACUGGGAGCAGAGAUGGCCUUUCCUGUAGCCGUCCUCCUGUACACCUGGGUUUUCCUUCCACUAGCUGCAAGUGAAGUAUUUCCACCCUGUGUUUUCCCCUUCAUUUUUGAGGGUACAUCAUAUUCAAAAUGCACCACCAAUGGUACCAAAGAUAAUCAGCCGUGGUGUGCCAUAACCAGCAACUAUGACAAGGAUCACCAAUGGAAGCCAUGUACUAUUACCGACUACGGAGGCAAUUCAGGUGGACACCCAUGUGUCUUUCCCUUCAUCUACCUGCGUCAUACUUACUACACCUGCAUUAACAAAUUAUCCCAAGGGCGGUUCUGGUGUUCCACGACAGGGAACUAUGAUAAAAACAGGAAGUGGAGUUACUGUGCUGACACCAGGCUAGGGGAAAACUACCCUACCAGGGCAUGUGUCUUCCCAUUCACAUAUGAAAACAAGUUAUACUCAUCUUGUACAACUGCUGGAAGGUCUGAUGGGAGGCUCUGGUGCUCGGUCUUCAAAAACUAUGAUAUGAACCCCUCAGGGGCAUUUUGUGAGCCCUCAGAACAAGCUCCUUGCAAUUUUCCCUUCAUCUACAAGAACAAAUCAUACUCUUCAUGCACCAAAGAAGGGUCAUUUGAUGGACAGCUGUGGUGUGCCACAACCCCAAACUAUGAUAAGCACAGCAGAUGGAAAGCAUGUGCCACUGAAGAGUAUGGAGGAAAUUCCAAUGGUGCCCCUUGUUUCUUCCCCUUCAUCUUCAAGAAUCAGAGCUAUGAAAAUUGUACGAAUGAGGGUGAAAAGAGUGGGCGAUACUGGUGUGCCACAACACGGCACUAUGAUGUGGACUUAAAAUUCAGCUACUGUGCUGACACAAAAUUAGGAAUCUUGGAGCCUCUUGAAGAAGGAAGAUUGCUAACACAGCCUCCAUUAGCAGUUCCAGGAAAUAACACAGAUUCCAAGGAGCAGUGUGUCUUUCCAUUCAUCUAUAAAGGGAAAUCUUACUCAACUUGUACAAAAGAUGGUUUGUUCUCCUGGAAGCUCUGGUGCUCUCUCACAGCUAAUUAUGACACGAAUCGGAUGUGGAAAUACUGCAAUCCUUCAGAUUUGCAAAAUCAAAAUUCAACUCAGCCAUAUUGAGAGAGCAAUGAAAUGCAUUAUAAGAUUAUGCAGACCAAUCAACAAAUCAUCUAUGAAUCCCAUUAAAUUAAUUCUCCAGUGGGAUGUGACCAGUUUCCCCCUGGUGCUAUCCUACUUCCAAAGAUAGAAAGGAAGUCUUUUAUACAGACUGCCAACACCAUUCAGCCCUUUCCCUUAGAUUAUGCUUGGGCUCUGAUCAUUGCUGAUUGUUCACCUUCAGCACAAACAAACAGCAGCUCAAAAACACCCACAGCACAGCCAAUAUUGCUUCCAUUUUUGUUCCAGAGUUUGUCUGCCUAAUAUAUCAAUCCUGCCUUCAUUUUUUCUCAUCAGCCACAUUAUAAAGAAUCAUGCUGCAGAAAUUCAAUGGCAGAAAAAGUUCCUCUCCACUCCUUUCUUGUUUGCCUUCUCUGUUUUCUUCUAUUUCCCCUUCUUUCUGAAAGAGAGGAAGAUGUUCUUUAUGCUCUGUAGUAUGGGAAGGUUCUUUGCCAUUCUUCAGUAGCAUGGAGAACAGCAAUGGAUCUUGAAAGGAAAUGCAGUGGCUCCUUGAUGACAGUGGAUGAUUAUUUGUGGCAGAUUGUGGUGGUGAUACAGCCCUUCAUGCACUGAAGAUACAAAGUCCCAUAUUAGACAUAUCUAUUGAAAUUAAUCACUUAUUUCUUAUACUUCAGAUGUCCACACCAUCAAAGGGUACUGUAUGUUCUAUCAACAGUUCAUAUUAAUUUUUAAAAACAAUUUGCCGUAACAUUUAAUCAUCUAAAGAUUUUUUAAAAAUUACAAGUUUCUUAUCUCUGUUGUGCAGAAGGGCUUAACAAGGUUGGGCAGUGGUGACUCUUGACAUUGUAGAAACUGUGGUGAUGUGAAUGGACCAUUCUGUGGGAAGGAGAUGGGAGUAUCAACAUCCUCUCCUCACCAUGGCUCUGACAUCUCUUUGUUUGCCUGAACAUUAAGAAAUAAGGAGUUCAACAGAGAUCAAAUCUGAAAUGUUCCCAGGUUGCUGAAAAAGUGAGGAUGUGUAGUGUAAAUCGCCUGAACCGAAUUCACUAUUGUCCGAAGAGGCCGUUUUGCUAUGGCACCAACAUUAAUUGGCCUUCUUGUUCCUUUGUGACACCUUACAUUUUAAUAUCAAGAUGGAAUGUGCUACGAAUGUGCUACGAAUUUAUAAUAUACACACAAUAUGAAAUUGGCAAGUGAUUGUGGCUGAAUGAUUGGUACACAUAUGUGUAAUGGCCUUCUCAUGUGUUGUGGCUCUGAUAAUUAAGCUUUCAGAACUGCUCAGAAAGUAUUAAUUGCUAAUGUUUCCAGCUGGGCAGCACAGGACUCCUGCCUAUAUCGUCUAUGUAGA